GACCGACGCGGAAGUGACAGUCGCCUCUUCAAUGCGGAAGAAGAGAGACGAGUUUGUUUUUUGCGUCUGAAGUUGUUUGUUUAUUUUGAUAAUGAAACCUAAUUAGCAGACAACAACAACAACAACAAGGAAACGUGUUUACAGUUUUAUCUCAAGCUCAAGUUUGACCGACGUACCAGAAGCUAAAUGUCGGGAGGUAAUUUACAGAAAGCUAUCGAUCUCGCCAGCAAAGCUGCGGCGGAGGACAAAGCCAAGAACUACGAAGAGGCGCUCCGGUGUUACCAGAAUGCGGUUCAAUACUUCCUUCACGUGGUCAAGUACGAGGCUCAGGGCGAGCGAGCGGCGCAGAGCAUCCGAGCGAAGUGCCUGGACUACCUGGACCGAGCGGAGCAGCUGAAGGAGUAUUUGAAGAAGAAGGAGAACGCUCCUCCGGCCAAACCGGUCAAAGAGUCUGACGACAAAGGGGAUGAAAGUGGUGACGGAGACGACGCCGAGAAAAAGAAGUUUGAAAAUCAACUCUCAGGCGCUAUCGUCAUGGAAAAGCCCAACAUCAAGUGGGACGAUGUCGCCGGACUGGAGGGCGCCAAAGAAGCCUUAAAAGAAGCCGUGAUCCUGCCCAUCAAAUUCCCUCAUCUGUUCCAAGGAAAGCGAACUCCCUGGAGGGGGAUCCUGCUGUUCGGCCCCCCGGGGACCGGGAAGUCCUACCUGGCGAAGGCGGUGGCCACGGAGGCCGGCAACUCCACCUUCUUCUCCAUCUCCUCCUCCGACCUCGUGUCCAAGUGGUUGGGCGAGAGUGAAAAGUUGGUGAAGAGCCUGUUCACUUUGGCCCGGGAGCACAGGCCGUCCAUCAUUUUCAUCGACGAGAUCGACUCCCUCUGCGGCUCCAGGAGCGAGAACGAGAGCGAGGCGGCGCGCAGAAUCAAGACGGAGUUCCUCGUCCAGAUGCAAGGCGUCGGAAACAACAACGAGGGCGUCCUGGUGCUCGGAGCCACGAACAUACCGUGGACGCUGGACUCUGCCAUCCGGAGAAGGUUUGAAAAGAGGAUCUACAUCCCGCUGCCCGAGGCGCACGCCCGCUCCUUCAUGUUCAAGCUGCAUCUGGGCUCCACCCCCAGCAGCCUGACGGACGCGGACUUCGUCACCUUGGGCCAAAAGACGGGGGGCUACUCUGGGGCGGACGUCAGCGUCAUCGUGAGGGACGCCCUCAUGCAGCCCGUCAGGAAGGUCCAGUCCUCCACUCACUUCAAAAAGGUCCGCGGGUCAUCGUGGAACAACCCCGACGUGGUGGUGGACGACCUCCUCACCCCGUGUUCGCCGGGCGAUCCCAACGCCAUCCAGAUGACGUGGAUGGAGGUUCCCGGGGAGAAGCUCCUGGAGCCGGUGGUGUCCAUGCCCGACAUGCUGAGGUCACUCGCGAGCACCAAGCCCACGGUGAACGACCAGGACCUGGAUAAGCUGAAGAAGUUCACGGAGGACUUUGGUCAAGAAGGCUAAAUGCAGACGCUUCUCCUCUUCGCUGCGAGCGUCAGUUAAGUUUCUGUGUCAAAAAUGGGGAAAAUGUAAAAAUUAGACUUCCGCUUUAAGACAAAGCACUUGUUUUUAUUGGAGAAAUGACCAAAAACGAUUAAUCAAUGAUCAAAAUCUUUUUUCUCCCCAAACUAAUCGAUCAACUGCACUAUUCAUCACUAAAUUAUCGAUCCGUCGUGUUUACAUCUUCACUUUUUGUACGUUUUAUUUGGCGCGUCUCAAAAAACAAAGGCGACCACCAUCACUCAAUGGGCGGUCCCGCCGCAGUGGGUCAAUGCAUAGUUUCAACACUACGUGCCUUCUUAAUAUCGUCUUUUUGUUGCACUGAACACAGUUUCACGGUCGGCUUUUUAUAUAUUUAUACUGUCAAAUUUAUGAAUACGGACUUUCUUUUGAACAUGUGAAUAACCUUUUACUGGUUGUUUUAGUUUCUCUGUACGCAAAGUUAUCAUCACCAGCUCUAAAUGGGCCUUCUGGGUUUCUAGUGAGUUCAUAAAUUAUAUUAAAUGUUGUACUUUUUUUUUUUUUCUAAAGCAUUUGUAAAUGCCGUCUAUGCGUAAAUCAUCUGCACUUAAACUUUCAGACCCUUGUGGUCGGUUCCUGAGUGAUGUGAAUUACUUUAUAUAUAUUUUAUAUAUAUAUAUAUAAUAUCUUUAUUAUAUAUAAUAUCUAUUAUAUAUUAUAUAUAUAAUUUUUAUAUAUAUAUAUAUAUAUAUAUAUAUAUAUAUGCGCUCAGUGGGUUUCUUUUGGGGGUUAAAGGUCACUUCCUGGUUACAUAAAUAAAACUUGUUGGGAUUUGAUGCACGAUGACUGCAUCCUACGCGACAACGUCUCAGGGUUAAAAUAAACAAAGAAACAACACGAGUCUUUAUUACUUUUGUGAACAUAUAUUUUUAAUUGUUGAAAAUACAUCUGUUAGUUAACUAUCAUAUGUAUUUUUGUAUUCUAAAUGCAGGGUAGAUCGUAAGUUACUUGGUACAUUUGAUAGGAGAAAUAUAUAAAAAUGACAUUACGCUGCUUGCACAAAGCUGAUCAUUUGCUUCAAUUAAAUAACUCUUAAAGCA